AUGUUUCAAGAGAUAAUUUGUAAAAGUCACAAUUUGGAAUUUAUUGCUGUUGAUUUGGAUAUGUCAGAUAAAUCAUAGAUUAAGAUGUUUUGUAGUCAAUUUUUAGUUGAUAAAUUAAAUAACAAAUAAAUAACAACUUAUGAAUAAUCGAAAGAAAGAAUCUAGUAAUUGAAGACUUAAUAAUAAUAAAUAAAGAUUAAAGAGAAUCAAGGAAGACUGAAUUAUUAUAACAAUAUUUUAAAUUAAAUAGUAGAUUUUAAACGAUCUAUAGAUGAUUCUUUAGAAAAGAUGUACAAGUAAAUAUGGUAGAAUAUAUUCCAAAUCUAAAAUGACAAAAAAGAAUUACAAGAAAAUUAAUAAUAAUUUAAUUAUUUUGAAGAUAUCAAAUAAUUGUCAGAAUUAUCUUCUUCAGAUAGAUAUAAAUCAACUAAAUUAAUUGAGGAUAAUACCUUUAUUGAUGAUUUAACAAGAUAGUUUGAAUAAUUGUUUAAUAAUGAUGAAUAUUUUUAGACUUUAGACACAUUCAAGAAUACAAAACAAAUAAUCCAAUAUGUAAUGAAUAAUAAUGUUAUUAAAGUGUAACCUUUAUUAAAGAUACAAAAUGAAUUAGUAAUCUUCAUUAGAAAACACCAUGUAUAAGUAGAAUAUGUGUGAAUCAUAAAAAGGAGGUAAUUAUGAUUGAUAUGGAUUCUUAAAAGAAGAAAAUUGAAGAUAGAUUUGUUUGUGUUGAUUGUGUAUUUGAAAAUCCAUUGAUUAAAUAAUAAACAAUAGAGAAUGUUAAUAAAUUAUGGAUAGAUUAUAGUUCAGGGGAUUAGCUUUAAUUGAUAGAAAUCAAUAAUACUUUAGAAAUCGAAAACAAUUUUAUAAAUCAAUUAGUAGAAUCUAAUCUAUUUAACCAAAUUUCCAUGUACUCGGAUGAAAAACAGUAGGAAUAAUAAAAAGAACUAAAGUAAUAAUAAAAUAGGAGUAUUUCUAUUUUAAUUUUAUAGAUUAAAAUGAAAUCGAGGAGCUAAAUGCCAAAUUCUCAUCAUAGGAAUAAGAAAACUAAAAUUUCAUUGAGCUAUUUAACUAGAACACUUAAGAAAUAACAAAUCUGAAGAAAUAAAAUGAAGAGGACAAAUUACGGAUUAUUAAGACUUUAGAGGAUCAAAGUAUUUGUUUUUCUAAUUAUACAUAGAAAAUAAAUAAAUUGAAGAAAUGACUAAAGGAUUCAAUCAAUAAGAAUCAGAAUACCAACUAGUUUAAAGACAACUUUUAUAAAUUAAUCAAGAAAAGUUGGAAAUAGAAAAAUAAUCUAAAUUAGAAUUUGAAAUAGUAUUCUAUUACAAUAUUUUAUUACUCAUAGAUCAAACAAAAUCCUAAAACUUUAUUAUUUUCUAAUACUUAUAUGGGUGCAAGUUGUUAACUAAGUGAAGGUGGAAAAGUUGUUGACAAUAAGAGAGGUAGUUGGGUAAAUUGACUUUGUGAAUAAGCAAUUCCAAAGAAUGGUAAAACAUUGUUUGCAUUCUAAAUUCAGUGGAACAUACUUUGAAGUUGGAAUAGGAUCAAAGAUUUUAUAUAAAAAUAUAAUUAUACAAAUGCAGGAGCUGGGUACGGGUGCGGGUAUUAAAUUAAAAUAUAAUAGAUCAUAUUAGAUACAAAAUAAUGGUAAUACUUACUCUCAUCAUAACAAAGAUGUUAAUAAUCAAUAAUUAUCAUUCACUUUUUCAACCAACGAGGUAAUAAUAAUUGAAGUAAGUAUUGAAAAUAAGUACAUCAAAUGGACUAAACAGAAUAAUCCAUUAGCAACUAUUGUAACUAUUAAACUAUUUUUAGUAGCUAGAAAUAGAUACAUCUAUCUAUUAAGAUAUCUACCCGUGUGUUUACAUUUUAUUAUCCAAAAUCAAAUUAUUGGAUAAUAUUCCAAAUUGAUAUUGGAGAAUAUAAUAUCAAUUAUACAUCAUUAUUUUAUUUAAACAUCAUUUAAAAAAUAGAUAAAAAGCAAAAGUUGCGAAAAGAGAUUUUCUUCAUUCUUUCACUCAAGAUUUUUUAUGGACUAAAAUACUAAAUUAUUACUUGGAGCCUGAAUCAAUUUUACGCGUUGGAAACUUGA